AUGCAAGCAAUAUCUUCCCCAACCAUCGCGGUAAAUGGCUGCCUAAUCAUAGGUGCUCGGUUCUCACCGGCCGCCUCAGCCGCCUGCCCUAGGCCAGUGGAAGCGUUCUACAAUAUCCCCUAUGCCUCCACAGAUCGCUUCUCCAAGGCUCGCCCACUGCCACUGGGAUCUCAGACAUCGGGCACGAGACUGGAUGCUUCACGGAUCAAGUAUGCCGGCCCAAAUCCCAACUGCACAACUUCCACGCUGCGGCUCCAUAUCACACGCCCGUCCACGGCGUCGCAGCAGCCGCUCCCAGUCGUCAUCUACUUCCACGGCGGAGCCUUCAAUUUCGGCGACCCCUUGGAAACUGACUCAGUCUCGUUCGUCGCCCAUGCCCAGAAGGACAUCAUCGUCGUAGCCGUGCACUACAGGCUCGGCGUGCUGGGGUUCCUGGCCGGCGAGGGGGAGGCCAACUUGGGGCUCAAGGACCAGAGACUGGCUGUGGAAUGGGUGCAUUCAUGGAUCCCAGUCUUUGGCGGCGAUCCAGCCCUCAUCACCUUACGAGGCGUGAGCGCAGGAGCACACUCGAUCGGUCAUCACAUGCUGAACCCGUCUCCCCUGCCCUUCCACAAAGCCAUACUUGAAUCCGGGUCGCCUACAGCUCGCUCCGUGCUCUCUGCCUCCCAUCCUCGCACCGUUGCCAACCUUGACAGUGUCCGCUCCAGCAUGCUCCCAGUCGUAACCCCUCCCAGGACUGUCAAGGUCAACUUCCUGCUCAACGCCGGCCUCGACGUCUUCUCCAAGCACACAGACUCUCUCACCUGGCCUUUCCAACCGGUCGUCGAAGGGCCUGGGGGCAUCAUACCGGACCUGCCCCUCAACCUCUGGCAACAAAAGACUUCUUCUGAUCAGUCCACGACCUCCGGGGGUGGAACCAGCCCGCUCCCAGCAGCCGUCAUAACCGGCUUCUGCACCAGCGAAGGCAUCGACUUCAUACCAGAAACCUGCAGCGACUUCCGCUCCUUCUUCACCAAGCUCAUCCCGUCCUUGACUCCUGCUGAUCUCGAGGCCCUCGAGGCACUCUACCCUCCCAGCGACCAGGCAGACCGCGCAGACCUCGUCCGCCGCCUGGGCGUGGCGUACGGCGACUACGCCUACAUCUGCCCCAUCAUCCACACGGCCCACAUGGCAUCCAAGCUCGGCGGCACGGUCUACCUCUACGAGUUCGCCGCUCUCGUCUCCGAGGCCCAUCGCGCGGCGUCGCACGCGAGCCACUCGGACUUCGUCGCCCGCUCGACGCUGGGCGCCGAGCUUCCGGGGCUGGAGGCCGUGAGCGCGGAGAUGCACUCCCGCUGGACGGAGUUCGCGGCGUCCCCCACCGGCGUGUUCGCUGAGGACAGAUGGCCCCCGUUCGUGACGCCGUUUGGUGAAGACGACGACGGCGACGAGGCCAAGGGGAGGCUGCUCGUGUUUGGUCAGGGCAACGACGAAGUAUCAGGAGGCGGGAACGCAGGCGUGCCGGUGCAGACGAGGACGCUGACGAAAAGGGAGAAGGAGGUCUGCAAAUUCUGGUGGGACAGGAUGGAAUUGAGUCAGGGCGACGGGAAUGCGGGAGUCGUGAGUGAGGCGUAUUAA